AGCAAGUUAAAUAAGGGAUGCUUGCAUGGAGGAUAUGUUUGCGGCAAUAUGCUGGCAAUGGCCUUGUGAACAGGAGAAAAAUGGCCAUUUCUAUGGCAUCUUCAAUUAGAAUGAUUCACCAAACGGCUAGUAAUCGAAUGAUUAACCCAUUAUUACCAUUUGAUGUUUUAGAAGAUCUUGAAAAUGAGGAUCUUGAAGAGGCUAAUAAUAAGUUGAAGAAGGAAAAGAAGAAACUUGUCAAACAGAAAAAGAAGAUUCAAAAGAAGGUUGAUAAGGAAAAGGAAGAGGAAUCUUCAGAGAAGACAGCUGAUGAAUUAACAAAUGAAGAUUUCAAGACCAAGAAUGAUACAAUUCCAUUGAAAAAGGCGCUUAGUACUAAGGUGAAGACAUUGGAAGUGGAAAAGAAACAAGGUGAAACUACUGAGGGAAAUAGCAAAGAUGGGAGUGAAAAAUUGGACACUGAAGUUAAAAAAGGCGCAGCAAAGUCAGGUGAGAACAACACUGAUGAGAGUAAAUCUGAGAAGCCAACUUCAAGUAAACCAGUUGGUAGUGGAUCAGCUGCUGUUUCUGCUGGAAGUGCAAGCUCUACUGGCAAACCCACUGGAAAUUCUGCUGGAAAUUCUUCUGAAAACUCUACUCCUGCCAAUUCAGGGUCUGGUUCUGGAGGUAAACCUCCUUCAGAUGAUAAUCCAGAAACUCCAGAAAGUUCUGAUAAGGAUAAAGAAUUAGAAAGAAAGAAAAAGGAGGCAGAGGAACAAAAGGCAAAGGAAGAAGAGGAGGAGGAGGAGGAAGAAGAAGAGGCUGAAGAGGAAGAAGAAGAAAAAACCAGUAGAUUUAGAGAAUCAAUGGAUAGAUUCAUGAGAUUCUGUUUUAAAUGCCUUGAAACUAUGGGGAUCACAUUUAGUUCUGUGGCCAUCUUGGGGGUUGCGGGAGUAGUUUACCAUAAGUAUUAUGCUGUUCAUGUUUUAGAUAAGAUCGACCAAGCAUUUGAUGUUGGAGACCCAGCAUUCCAACUUGUUGUUAACAAACGUACCAACAAACAUACUGAGGGCGAUGCCACGGAUGACAAGUAUGAUAUUUCUCAAUUUUGGGCGCAACGUCCUCAACAGCAACUUUUAGAUGAUAUCAUAGCUGGGAAUAUUGUUGGAAGAUAUUUCCUUGUGAUUGGAGAAAAGGGAACUGGGAAAACUUCAUUGCUUUUGGAGGCAAUGAAGAAAAUCAAUGGUUAUAACGUUGCCAUCUUUGAUGCACAUGCAGACCCUGAGAUUUUUAGACUUAGAUUAGGGAAAGCAUUAAACUUUGCAUAUUCUGAAGAUUAUAUUGGAUCAUUAUUCAGUAUUAGAGGACCAAGAGAUACCACUGCAUUAUUAGAUAUUGAACGAGCGUUUGGAAAACUUGAAGAAUUAGCAAUGAAGAGAAUUCAAAAAAAUAAGGGUAGACCAUUAGUGUUGAUUAUUAAUAAUUCUCAUUUAAUUAAAGAGAAUGAAGAUGGAGCUAAACUUAUUGAAUUACUUCAACAAAAGGCUGAAAGUUUAAGUGGGGCAGGAUUAGCUACGAUUAUUUUUAAUUCUGAUGAUUAUUGGGUAUAUGAGAAAUUAAAGAAAUUAGGUACUAGACUUGAAGUGAUUAAUGUUCGAGAUUUUGGACGUCAUGAAGCAGUUAAGGCACUUAAAUUUACUAGAGAAAAGUUUUUCCCAUCAUAUAAACAUCCAGAAUAUAAACUUGAAGAUCAAUUAUGUCAUCAAAUUUAUGAUUUAAUUGGUGGUAGACCUCAACACAUUUCGCAAGUGGCAAGACAUAAGGAUAUUUUGAAAGCAUGUCAUGAAAUCAUUGAUAGAGAAAAGACAUGGUUUUUAAAUCAAUGUGGACUUUUGGGAAUGGAUAUGGAUGAUGACGUGAUGGAAAGUGGGAAAUUUUCAACUAGUGCCAUGUUAUUGAUGAAAGAAUUUGUCAAUAUGGAUAGAAAUAGAUUCAAUACUUUAUUAUCACAAGAACAUCCAUCAAAGAAGGAUGAACUUAAAGAUCAUCAUUUACCAGAGUUACCACUUUGGAGAUCUAGACAAAUCAUGACAAGAGGUGAUUAUAUUCAACAAUAUGAUAAUCUCAAUAUUUUCACCAUUGAUUCAGAAUCAAGAGUAAGAGCUGAUAGUGUCCCUAUGAUGAGAGCAUUCCAUGAGAUUGCAUCACAACCACAAUUUGAUGAUCUUUUGGAGGAAACCAUGCAAAGAGUUGCUGAUAUUGAAUCACUUGGAAGAACUAGAGAACUUGUUGCUAAAGAUUUGGUAUUAGGAGGGAAAUAUCAAAUUAAAAAGCAAGAAAAUGAGAAAUAUUCAUUUACUUUAAAGGGAGGAAGUGCAGACAUUCAACAUAACUCUGGUAAUGAUGAAGAAAAUGAUGAUGAUGAUAUGUUUUUAGAAGACAUUAAAAGAGGAGAGCAUAAGAAAUGGUGGAGAAAAAGAAUGCUUACAUUUGAUCAAUCUUAUUCACCACCACCAAAGAAUAAUAACGAUAUUGAUCUCGGACGUAUUGAUGAAUAAAAGGUAAAAGUUGUCGGGGUUUUCUUGAUAUGCACCCCCAACGGUUUAGAACUGUAAAUACGAGAAAAAAUAUACAACGUAUACGAGCCAUGACAAAGUGUAGUGC